AUUUGCUGCGAAGGGUUGUUCAAACUUUCGAGCAUUAUUAUUGCCAUUGAUCCUUGGACGAUGGCAGGAGAUGCUCCAUCGUCGCCGCUGGAAGCGGCGUUCGUCGCGGCAUGCGACGACCCCAAGCAGAAGGAGAAAUUCGACAUGACGGAGAAGGAGCAGCAGAGCUUCCUCAAGGCCAUGAAGGACCCCGACUUUCGGUCGUUGCUGAACGAAUACAUGCACGAGAUUUCGGACCCUGCCCACCGCGCCGAGCAGGAAUUAUACCUUCGGCAGCUCGAGAACGAAAACAAGGUGCCCACGGACAAGCAGCUCGUGCUUCCCAAGCCCGGGUUUGUGCUCAAAACCAAGUACAAGCAGCGGAAGAUCUUUGUCAACGUGUGCUCGUCUGACAAAAUGCAACCCCCGUCCAGCACGCGGGUGGCCUCGACGCCUUCGACGGCCGGCGGCACAUCAUGGAACUUGCCGUACUGCGUCGGUCCCCAGCGCUUGGAACCCGACAAAGGCGGUAAAGCUAUCGCCACUUUCGACGUGUGCUACCACCCCCAGACCAUUUCCCGAGCCAUGGAGAGCGCCGCGUUCAUGAAGAUGCUGGUCAACACGGCGCUGGACGGAGUCGACAAGGUCUUCCACACUCUGGACGUCGACCCGAGCAAGGUGGAUCGAGAGUACCACAUCCUCAAAGGCAUUGCGUACAAGUCGGGCAAUCCUGUGACGAUGUGCAUCGCCGCUGCACCUGCGACGCCGCCAUCUCGCGCCGCUCCAUCUACGUCCUCGUCAGACAAACCCAAACCUCGAGCUGUGACAAUGUCCACUGCAACCGUAUCGCAUGCGGCGUCUGGACCAACAACCCACAGUAAACCAAAGGCGCCGUUGAUCCAAGAUAUCAGCAGCAGCAGCAGCAGCAGCAGCAGCGCCAUCCACCCCCCUUCAUCCACUCCGCCUGUACUGCCGUCGAUUGCGUACCAGAUUACACACCGGGGCCAGUUCGAUUUGGCGGACCACAUCGAGUCCCGCGAAGCCAAGUCGUUUCGUCCACGGGAUCUCGUGGUCAGAAUGACGUUGCCCACGCAUACGUCGGCCGCGGGCAUCGAUCUGGACGUGUCGGCAACGGCCGUCCGCGUCACAGCUGCCGGGUACGCCCCACUGGCAAUUGACUUGCCGUUUUCCGUGGUCGAAGCCAGCGGGAAAGCCAAAUUUGACAAAGCCACCAAGACCCUCAUUGUGACAUUGCCAGUCGUGGCACCUCCAGUUCGCUCCGACAUCGACGUACUUGCCGAGCAACCAACUAGUACUACUACUAGUACUACUACUACUACUCGGGAAGACCACAUGGACAAAGUACAGUCUGCCGAUGACGAGAACCCGCCCAAUCAAAUGAAUGACGCUGAGGAUGCCACGUCAUUGGACCAACAGCGUGGUGGCGGCGGGGUGGACCACAGCCGAUGGGUAACCCCAACCCCCGAAGGCGAUGAGUUUGUCGCAUAUCGUGAGUUUGCCCAAAUGGCCAGACACGAUAAACCCGUCAUUGUGUACACCCAAGUUGAGCGGGCCAGUGUCCACGAAACCCGCACGCACAUCUCGCACGUGGUGCCCGUGGCCCACAUCAAUGCGACAACGUUAUCCAGUGUCGACGAUGGCUCUGCGACGCUGUUUCGCUUCCAAGCUGGUUCGACGUGGUUUGAGUAUCGAUUAGAUCAUCUCAAGCAGCAACAACAAGGUGGCGAGAAUUGUGCGGCAGUGCUGGACUGGACAGUGGAAGUGGCCACCCAAAAUCUAGCCAUCAUAUGCCGCAAGGCAGCGCCUCCGCCGAAGGUGCCAUCGAUCCGAGUCCACCGUGUAUCGAGCGACAUGUUUUCGAUAUUGGUGGACGUGGCCAACGUAGACCAAGCGUCUGUGACAUCGUCGUUUACCAGUCGUGGGUUUGUGUUGGCUUUCUCUGCAACUUCUGGAGAAACGAGCGACAAAUUUGAGCUCAUUCGGUCAUUCCAACACGACCUCGUGCCAGCAAAGUGCCUUGUGCAAGUGGCCGACGAGAAUCUGUUGGUGGUGCUAGCGGUGGCCGACCCCCACGGCGACUACUUUGACCUUGUCGCAGAAAACGUCGCAGAGACGACCGUGGUUGUGACGGCGGACUCCAGUGGAGCCACGACUUUCAACGUCCACAAGAAUACUGCCCCUGAACCACCAGCGACGAUAGCGCUGCCAGACGAGACGCUGCAGCCACCCCUGCAAGUUCCCCGGUUCACGAAUGAUCUCAUGUAUGAGCUGGACUGAGACGGGCCCCGCUUAAUAUGUACCGUAGCUCUACAUUUAUAACGAUGGCUAUACAGUAACGUUAUAUUGUAAAGCGCAACUUGCAUCGACGUGAGAACGAAAUACAUCCAAGA